AUUACAGAUUAUAGGUCUAAAAACAUUGGACUAUUUGAAAGGAGUAAAACUAGACCAAUUCAACAUCAAGAGUUUUUAAAUAGUGACGCUACUCGUAAAAGAUAUUGGGCUAGAAGUUUCUUAGCGUGGCCUUAUAUAUCAUCAGCAGCUCCAAAUUAUAAUCAUUAUAAACUGUCAUUUCUGCAAAAUAAAGGUUAUUUGAAGCACAUUAUUACACAAAAUGUAGAUUUUCUUCAUUGUAAGGCCGGAAGUUCAAAUGUUACUGAGCUACACGGUUGUUUGAACAGAAUAAAGUGUCUCUCAUGCGGUGUUAAAAGAUGUCGUUUUGAAUUUCAAUUGGAACUUUCUUAUCUAAACUCCAAUUGGUUAUAUAAAUCUACUGAAAUGCAAGUUGCUCCUGAUGGGGACGUUAAUGUAGAAGAUAUUAACUUCAAAGAUUUUAAGGUUCCAAACUGCAGAAAUUGUAAUGGAAUUCUACAGCCAGGGGUUGUGUUUUUUGGUGAUAACGUUUCCAGUGAUGUGGUAAAUGAGACAGUUAAUGUAUUAGAAAAAUCAGAUUCAGUUCUAGUUUUGGGUUCAUCCUUACAAGUUUGUUAA